AUGGCGUCAGUACAAGUAAUGGAAGAUGAGGACAUUAACACAAUGUUUCCCACACAAGGAAAUCAGCGAUUAAAACUAGGAGAAAGACGCCUGCUCGAGCAGCAACUACAAAUUGUGAAAAAGGUAUGCACGAUUGCACGCGAAUUAAACACUGUUUCCACGCAAUAAUGACAACACAUUUAAUGUUUUUUUAAAUUAAAUUUAGGGCUUAGUACAAACAUCUGGUAGCUGUAGUACGUAUAAGACGACUACAUUUGACAGUCGAGCAACGGUCGCAAAGAACGUCAACGUUAUUGAUGAUAUAAAAAACAAACCCAAGCCCACUGAAAAACCUGCACGAAAGAGGCUCAAUUACAACAGUAGCGGUGCAAGUGGCCCUAUAGUUUUGAGUCCUAUCGAGUCGUAUAUAGCACAUCAGAAACGGAAAAUAGAGAAUCAGGAAGCAAAAAUCGAAAGUCUUGAGGACGAGCUAGCAGAAUAUACGGCGCGAAGAACGCUUCCCUCGACAUCUUCGCUUCCAUGUUGCAACAAGUGUCACCGAAAGGAGGGACAUAAUCGGUUAAAUUGCCCAUAUCCUACGGUAUGCACGUCUUCCUUGUUUUGUGGUAAUAUUGAUAAACAUCCUGAUGACAAGCAGACGGCCAAACAAAAAACCAAGCAGCUCAAUGAAGAACGCAAAUCAUUACUAGCCAUGAAAGAUGAAUUGAAAAACAGGGAGAAGUCGAGUGCAAGUGUUGCUAAACGCUAUACUGCACGAGUGAAAGAAACUUUGAUCAAAAGUAAUCCUGAAAAGUAUUUGCGUUUUGUAAAUGGAAACCAAAUAGAAGACUGGCGUCUUAUAAACAAAGACAGCAAAAUUUUAGAGAAAGAAUUUAAAGACAAAAUACCAACUGCAGAUGAAGCUCGCGAAACAAUCGAAGAAAUCGAAGAUUUUUUGGAGACCAAAGAACCAGCGGCAGCGACGGGAAAAACGUCUGUUCGCAAUCCUUACAAGACCGUGGAAUAUCGUGGCCCCACGGGGAAACAAAAUGUGCUGAUGAUUCCUCACCUAUGCACUCUCCACAGAGAAAAAAGUCCCGUGAAGAAGAAGACGAUUUUCAGCUUGCAAAAGGCAUGCAGAAAAGUUUGGAUUCAUUACCAUUUCACUUUAAUUUGGAUGAAUAUGAACAAAAUAUUACCGAUGGCGUUACUGAUGGCUAUUUACAUGACAACGAAAGUCUCGCGCACAAUAAUUAUGAAGUGA